UUAGCGCGCCUCCACAACAGGCUAGCGGCACGGCGACGAGCUACACGGACCGCGACGACGACCAGGACUCACCAAGGGACACGCGUUUGUCUCAAACGACCUAGUAUUAGUCAAAUGGUGCGAGUACUUUAAGAGUUGCGAACAUUAUCAAACCACCGAGGACAUUUAAAAGCUUAUAUUUCGUGGGGAUUCGUAUUCGCAGGCUAGCUAGCUCGCUAGCUACCCGCGUCUCUAUGUUCGAGUCUGUUCCGACCGCGGCGGUGGCUGCAGCGGCGGUGCCAUGAACAGUGGACUCCCCGCUUCAGCUGCUCCGCUCGGAGGUGUCGCACUGCCCAACGUCAAGGUGAAGUUCUGCCGAUAUUACGCUAAAGACAAGACGUGCUUUUAUGGGGACGAGUGUCAAUUUUUACACGAAGAGCCAUCCAUGGCAAGCAUGUCACUGCACGGUGGCGGCGGGAGCCCCGUCCCGUUAUCUAUGGCCGGUGGUGGAGCCGUGACGGCGGCGGGGUUUUCCCUCGCUGGUCCAGCGGCGGCCUGCCCAGGUGGCGCUGGAACCAAUGUCUCAAAAAAGAGCGAACCCAUGGGGCCUGCAGGCACGCCUCUGGACGGACAGUUAUUGACCAUCCCAGGGAUGGAGGGCGGAACCCUGACUGAUGCCAAUCUUACCAACUCAUACUUCAGCAGCAGCUUUAUUGGCGUCAAUGGGUUUGGAAGCCCGGCAGAAUCAAAGUACUCGAUGAUGCAGAGAAUGACCAGCAGCAGCAGCUCCCCCAGUCUCCUCAAUGAUGGUGCCAAGAACUUCAGCCACAGUGCUCAAGAUCCGGUGUCUUCCCCUGCAUCCUCCCUCUUCAGUGAUUUCGGUGCUCUUAGCAUAUCGCAACGGAGGAAGGCUCCAAACCCUACAGCGAGUGAGUUCAUUCCUAAGGGAGCGCCCCGUAUGGCCGCCAUGGCCAGCGCCCCUGCCUUCCCCUCCCCGCUUUUCCCCCACCCUGGGCUGGGCAGCUCCACCACGGCGGCCCUGGCUCCAGGGAUGUCUCUCUCAGCCGGCUCCUCCCCCCUCCAUUCCCCGAAGAUCACGCCCCAUACCUCGCCCGCCCCCCGCAGGCGGAGCCACACCCCCAAUCCUGCCAACUACAUGGGGCCCACGGCCGCAGCCGACCAGGGCCCUCACAUCAUCCAGAAGGAGACGGUGGGAGGCACCACCUACUUCUACACGGACAACACCCCCGCCCCCAUCAGUGGGAUGGUGUUUCCUAGUUACCACAUCUACCCCCCCACUGCGCCUCACGUAGCCUACAUGCAGCCCAAGGCCAACGCGCCCUCCUUCUUCAUGGCGGAUGAGCUCAGACAGGAGCUGAUAAACAGGCAUCUCAUUACCAUGGCCCAGAUUGACCAAUCAGAGAACCCAGGUGUUCCCUCUGAGGUGGACAGCUACCACAGCCUGUUUCCCCUGGAGCCCGUGCCCCCGCCCAACCGCAUGCAGAAGACCAGCAACUUCAGCUACAUCACGUCGUGUUACAAGGCCGUCAACAGCAAGGACGACCUGCCUUACUGCCUGAGGCGGAUACACGGUUUCCGUCUGGUGAACACAAAGUGCAUGAUGCUGGUUGACAUGUGGAAAAAGAUCCAGCACUCCAACGCCGUCACACUGAGGGAGGUCUUCACCACCAAGGCCUUUGGAGACCACUCGCUGGUCUUUUCCUAUGACUUCCACGCGGGUGCUGAGACCAUGUUCAGCCGGCACUUCAACGACCCCACCGCAGACUCCUACUUCACCAAGAGGAAGUGGGGUCAACACGAACCGCCGCCUCCCCGGCAGCACGCCGGCCUGCUCCCAGAGUCCCUGAUCUGGGCCUACAUCGUCCAGCUGAGCUCCGCCCUGCGCACCGUCCACACCGCUGGCCUGGCCUGCCGCGUCAUGGACCCCAGCAAGAUCCUCAUAACCGGCAAGACCAGGUUGCGGGUGAACUGUGUCGGCGUGUUUGAUGUCUUAACCUUCGAUAACAGUCAGACCAAUCACCUUGCCCUGAUGCCACAGUACCAGCAAGCAGACCUGAUCUCCCUUGGCAAGGUUGUGCUGGCGUUGGCGUGCAACUCUCUGGCGGGCAUUCAGAGGGAGAACCUGCAGAAGGCCAUGGAGCUGGUGUCCAUCAACUACUCCUCCGACCUCAAGAACCUCAUCCUGUACCUGCUGACGGAGCAGUCUCGCCUGCGAAGCGUGAAUGACAUCAUGCCCAUGAUAGGUGCCAGGUUCUACACACAGCUGGACGCCUCCCAGAUGCGCAAUGAUGUCAUCGAGGAGGACCUGGCUAAGGAAGUGCAGAACGGGCGUCUCUUCCGCCUGCUGGCCAAACUGGGCACCAUCAACGAGAGGCCAGAGUUUCAAAAGGACCCCUCGUGGUCUGAGACGGGCGACCGCUACCUGCUGAAGCUCUUCCGGGACCACCUGUUCCACCAGGUGACGGAGGCCGGGACGCCCUGGAUUGACCUCAGUCACAUCGUGUCCUGCCUCAACAAGCUCGACGCGGGCGUGCCAGAGAAGAUCAGCCUGGUGUCGCGCGACGAGAAGAGUGUGCUGGUAGUGACCUACUCCGACCUGAAGCGCUGCUUCGACAGCACCUUCCAGGAGCUGCAGGGGGCGGCCACCGGGCCCCUGUAGCGGCCCGACCCCUCCAGGCCCUCAGGGGCCCCCUGGUCCCGGAGCACACUGUUGCACUACGCUGGAUGACCCGGCUGGUGGGGAUGAACCAUCAGCGUGGCCAGGGAGGGGGGGCGGGGUGCAGAACUCAGUCACAUACACUGACGCUGGCCGCCCGAGGCUUUUCUAAAGUGUCUUUUUUAGUUUCUUAAACCCCACAGCUGAGAAAUUUUGGAGAAACAAAAAAGGCAAAAAAAUUGGACACAUGUGGAAGCUGUGAUCAUGUACCUUUUCUUUGAUCCGGGGAACAAACAUUGAGAAACAAACUUUGUGGUUUUGGACAUUUUUUCCUGCUUUUAUCGUUUGUUUCUAUAUUUGGGGUUUAUUUUCUGCAGAGGAUGCACUAAGGUUUUAAUUUUUUUGGUUGAAUCUCUUGGUUAUUUUUUUAUGACAUGUGCGCGUGGCCUACAUGGUGUACAGACGGCUGGUUUAUGACACGGACAUCAACAUGAAAUGGAACAGAGGAUUUAGACAAGGACAAAAAUGAACAACCAAUCCAAUGCCAUCUUUCAACUGAUGGCAUCCCUCUUCCGACCAGGGGAACCACACCAAUGUUUUUGUGACGCACUAGGGCACGCCACUCAAUGGCUAUCAUGGGAGGGCGCUUUAUUUCCUUCAUUUUUAAGGGCCAACUGAUCCCCGUCCCGGCAGUUGGUUCCUUCCUCCUGAAGAAACAUGACAAACCACUGGACUGGGGGGGAGGCGGGGCAUGUUAGCAAACAUGGAUUUGACUGCUUAGUUACAGUGAAAUGAGAUGGCUGGGGCAGCUGUGUGUGUGUGUGUGUGUGUGUGUGUGUGUGUGUGUGUGUGUGUGUGUGUGUGUGUGUGUGUGUGUGUGUGUGUGUGUGUGUGUGUGUGUGUGUGUGUGUGUGUGUGUGUGUGUGUGUGUGUGCGUCUCUGGAGGCGUCCACCAGACCGCCUCCCCAUGGUUCCGUUCGUCCUCCCCUUGCCUUCCCCCAUCUCUCUCUCCUCUACCUCCUCUUCCCUCUCCUCUCCUGCAGCCAUUUUGUAUUUUUUUUUUUUGUAUCGCGACACAAGUAUUCCUUUCCUCUUCCGGGGCAUUCCGGGUCCUCUCCUGCUUUUUGAGGACGAGGAUUUUAUUUUUGGUAAAUUCCCCCUCUUUUUGCUCAACUGUUGUACUGGGAUUGGGGAGAGUAGGAGUGCAAAUGUCUUGGUGGCCCCUCCCCCUUCCAGUAAACAACUGUUGAUUCUGUGGACCAAUUCCUGCGAGGGGAGGGGCUGUGGACAUGGGGGGUGGGGUGGAUGAUGAAAGGAUAAAAAGGGGACGCCAACGAUUACGUUUUAUUUGGACUUUUUAAUGAUCAUGAGGUAAAAACUGCUGGAGACUGUAUGGUAACACCCCCCCCAAACCUCCUUAUUCGGGGCUGCCUGUCCCCAUGGUGACCCAUCUGUCAGGUGGGAGGGGCCUCCAUGUGAUGAGAUCUUGACCCUCACUCUGAUGGCUUUGGUUUUUCUCAGGAUGAUUGACAGCUGGAGGGGACCAGUGACUGAAUGUGUUUGGCCGUCACUGGUCGCCCUUUUGUUUUGCUCCAGUCAGGCGAGCUCCAGUGGAGAGGGCGGGACCUCUUGGUGUGUAAGUGAAGAGGCUGUCCGAGGUGGAGGCGGUUUGGACACCAUGUUGUCUUUAAGCACAGUUCCACGGGAGUAGAGGGCCAUGAGUUGGUUCCGAUUUAAUUUUUCUCCCUCUGACUGAAAGAAUCUUGUUGGUAAGGUAAAACAUUAUGGGUUUAUACCUCAAGACGGUCCACUGGACUGGGAAGACGUUUCUCCUUCCAAUCCAACCAUGUUUAACAUCUCCUGCUUUCUCUGCACCCUCUACCGCUUUAAGUUGAGUGAAGGUCUUAGAAAAGGACUACUGGGAAGGUCUUUCUCUUCCGUUUUAAAUCAAGAGACAACCGGUAAAAGGCCUUUCUUCAAGGUCAUUGGUUGUGUUUUCCCGCCGCUUUUGAGAGACUUUAAUGAAGGGAAAGAACCGUGCUUACAGACAACCUGUGGAGUCGGCAUUGUUGGAUCAUGUAAUUCUUCCUCGGUUUUAGUGAAAUUACUCAACAAAAUAAAUAUUUUUGUGAAUGUGGUGCUCUAGAACACACACACCUCUUCCACGUCACAACACACACACAUCUCUUCCACGUCACCACACACACACACACACACACACACACACACACACACCUCUUCCACGUCACAACACUCCAGCAGAAAUGUGUGGUUACCUUCGGUCAAGUCCCACACGCCUACAAUCACCAUCAAAGUAUCGUUAUUUUGUUUCCCCUCUUUUGUUCAUUGUUUCAAAUUUUGCAAUAUUUGUGUGUACAGCAGUAUUUUAAUAAAGAAUACCAAAAACUGA